AUGGCUCAACAACAACACUCUGACAAUACCAGUUCAUCAUCUUCUCAACAUCAUCCUCAUGGAAAAGAGGUCUCUCAAACAAAACACAUUCAUGAACACAGAUCAGCUUUAGUGAAAUUGGUUAAACAAUUUGGAAACAAACACAAGUUGCAAUUCUUUCCGAGAGAUCAUAUUGAUAGUGAUGAAAGUAAUCUUUCAUUACCAUCCCCGUUGGUUGUUAUUUUAGGCUGGUACGGAAGUAAAUUCAGAUUUGUGUCAAAAUAUGCAGAAAUUUAUAAUGCAUGGGGUUAUGACGUUUUGGCCUAUAUUCCUGACUCGUGGGAAUUAUUUGCGAAAUAUUAUUCAGAACAAGGUGUGAAAACAAUAUUGAAUAUGAUUGAAAAGGAUCAAAAAGAAACAGAAACUGGUUUUAUGAUUCAUUCUUUUUCAAAUAAUGGAGGAAUUUUUGUUUCGAGAACGAUGGAAAUAUUGUCAUCCUCGGGUAACGAAUAUUCGUUUGUAAAGAAGCAGUAUAGAGGGCUUAUUGCUGACUCAUUUCCUGGUGUGAAUACUGAAGAUUUGGGAGCCCUUGCAGUACUUUCAGGAUAUUCAUACGAUAAGAAAGCUCAAAAAAUUAUUCCUGACAAGUCAAAUAUUGGAAUUAUUGGCACUAUUAUGAGAUUAAUUAUUUAUUAUUUAUUUUACUUGUAUUAUUUCGUAUUUACAGGACUUUUCAAAACAUAUUUUGAGACCUAUUUGGCAGGUUUAAGAAAAACCACAAGCGUUUUUGGAAAUCAAACUCCCAUCCUAGUCAUUUAUGCUGAUCAAGACUUUAUUGUACCUGCCAAACAAGUGCAUCGUUUCUGGUCCUCCUUCAAUGAUGCAAAAAAUUUGAAAUUGAGUUGUUUUGAAGGUAAUAUUGACCAUAUCAAAAUAUUCAUUGCAGAACCAGAAAAAUAUCGAUCAGAGCUUGAAGCGUUUACUUCAACAAAUGUUCCUCACUCGAAAAAGUAG